UCAAUAAGCUAAGAAGGGUAUAACUGAGAAUUCAGGUCAAACCUGCCAUAAACUUGUUAAUGAAACCCUGGAGGCACCGCUGGUUCUGUACAACCACUCUUAUUUGGCACUGCUCCGCCGCAUCAUUCCCCGACGCCAAUGAAUUGUACCAUCUCCACUAUGGAUGAAGUUUCCCUCAAUAGAGAACCUGUAUAUGAUGAUGAGGUCGAGGAAUUUGAGAUUGAUGGAGAAUGCGCAAUGACUGAGUAUGUUGGCCAGAAUGGUAAUGUUAUGCAGGGAGAGAAUCCUUUGCCUCCAUCUGUUGGAAUGGAAUUUGAGUCCUAUGAUGAUGUUUAUUACUUCUAUAAUUGUUACGCAAAAGAACAAGGGUUUGGUGUCCGGGUGAGUAAUACUUGGUAUAGAAAGAGCAAGGAAAAAUAUCGAGGGAAAUUAAGUUGCAGCAGUGCAGGUUUCAAGAAGAAAAGCGAGGCCAAUCGGCCGAGACCUGAAACUCGGACUGGCUGUCCUGCAAUGAUAAAGUACAGGUUGAUGGAGAAUAAGAGGUGGAGAAUUAUAGAGGUUGAGCUGGACCAUAAUCAUUUAAUGAAUCCAAUAAGUGGGAAAUUUUAUAAAUCUCAUAGGAUGAUGGGUCUUGGAAGUAAACGACCUUUGCUGAUGGAUAAUGCUGACGAAGUUCCAAACAUCAGGCUGUUUAGGACAGUCGUCAUUGAUUCAGAAGAUAGCGGGAUCUUAAAUUUUGACGAAGGUGUAUUGAGGAAUGAUGUUGAUCUGCCGAACAACCAAUUGAACCUUAAACCAGGGGAUGCACAAGAAAUGUUGAACUUUUUUGCUCAUAUGCAGUUAAUGGAUCCAAAUUUCUUCUACGUAAUGGAUCUCGAUGAGAAAGGCCACUUGCGGAAUGUGUUUUGGGCUGAAGCAAGGUGCAGGGCUGCGUAUGGUUAUUUUGGAGAUGUGAUGAUGAUUGACACGAGAAGUUUGUCGGACAAAUACGAGGUGCCACUGCUGGUAUUUACUGGCAUCAAUCAUCAUGGACAGUCUGUGUUAUUCGGCUGUGGUUUAGUGGCAAACGACGCUAUAGAUUCAUUUAUAUGGCUCUUUAGGGCAUGGAUUACAUAUAUGGUUGGACGACCUCCACAGACUAUCAUUACUGACCAAAGUAAAUCUUUGAAAAAUGCUGUUAUGGAAGUUUUUCCUAGAGCUUUUCAUGGUUUUUCUUUGCCUAAUAUUAUGAAGAAGGUUCCGGAUGAACUGGAAGGAUUGCAGGAAUAUGAUUCAAUAAGAAUGGCAUUUACUAGUGCGGUUUAUCAUUCACUGAGAGCAGAUGAGUUUGAAGCAUCUUGGAACGAGAUGGUGCGGCGACAUGGGAUGGGGGACCAUAAAUGGCUUCAAGCAUUAUACGAAGACCGUAAGCAGUGGGCCCCGGUCUAUUUGAAGGAGACCUUUUUCGCUGGAGCGUUUCCUUUGAAACAGGACGAGAGUUUGGCUUCUCCUUUUGAAGGAUACCUGGAUCGACAAACUUCUAUAAAAGAUUUUCUUAAUAGCUACGAUAAAGCUGUGCAGGAAGCUUACAAAAGAGAAGCACUGUGUGAUUUAGAAUCCAUGAACUCCAGUUGCGUAAUAAAGUCGAGAUUUUAUUUUGAGUUGCAGCUAUCAAAAUUGUACACGAACGACAUAAUGAAGAAGUUUCAAGAUGAAAUAGAGGGAAUGUACUCUAGUUACAGCACAAGACAAAUAAAUAUAGACGGCCCAGUUGUGACUUACCUUGUUAAGGAAGACAUUCAAGUCGAGGAAAACUCGAGGGUGACUAGAAAUUACGAGGUCACAUACAAUACUUCCGCUGCAGAGGUUAUUUGUUUGUGCGGAUUAUUCAAUUUCAAGGGUUAUUUGUGCAGGCAUGCGUUGAGUGUCAUCAGCCAAAUUGGUUUAGAGGAGAUUCCACCACAGUACAUUCUUACACGAUGGCGAAAGGACAUUAAGCGUGCCUAUAUUUACGACUAUGGAAGGAACGGUAUUGAUAUCAAUAGCCCUGUUCAUAGAUAUGAUAAUUUGUAUAAAAGUGUUGUGAAGGUUGCAGAGGCAGGGAGGAAAUCAUAUGAUAGAUACAAGUUUACGUUGCAAGCUCUGAAUGAGAUACUCAACAAGGUUCAUCUCCAAGAGGAUUAUCUAUAACUCAUUGUAAGUAUUGCAAUUUAUACAGUAAAUAAACACUGUUUAUUUUGUUACAGAGUAAUCACUACUACUGAAGUCGCUUUUUGUUUGAAUUUGAGUGUCACUCAGUUAUAAUCUAUUAUUUUUCUAACAGAAUGUUUGUCAUGGGAGAUGUCCCCGUUGAUGCCACCAUCUUCCAUCCCCAGAUAUUUCAUUAGAAAAACUAACGGAUUUUAAUUGAGUGGCUAAUAUGAACUUAAAACAAACUUGUUGUCCAAUUUGGACUAAGAUAAAGUUAACGUCGUCAUAAAAUGAGGGACUUAAACUCCUUCCUUGUAAUUCCAUAAUUGAACUGGCCGAUGUUAUAAGUAUGGCUAGUAAAUCGAGCAAUCUUCGUUUGGCUGUCCCUUAAGCUCCAUCAGAUUUCUCGCUCUCUCUUCUGAUGAACUAUCUAAUAAGAAUAGACGAAAGUUUAAA